AUGGACACACAGCUAAAUUUCAGCACAGCCUUCCACCCACAAAUUGAUGGCCAAACAGAACGAGUUAAUCAAAUCCUAGAGGACAUGUUGAUGGCAUGUGCUUUCGAUUUUACUGGAGCAUGGGAUUCGCAAAUACACCUUAUGGAAUUUGCUUAUAAUAAUAGUUAUCAGGCGACAAUUGCUCAAAGCAGACAGAAGAAUUAUGCUGAUAACCGUCGAAAAGAGUUGGAAUUCAAAGUAGGAGAUCACGUAUUUCUAAAGGUAGCAUCAAUGAAGGGCAUUAUGCGUUUCAAACGAAAAGGCAAGUUUAGCCCUCGCUUCAUUGGACCCUUAGAAAUAUUAGAACGUAUUGGCCAAGUAGCUUACCGAUUGGCAUUACCACCCACACUUUCUACAAUACAUAAUGUCUUCCAUGUAUCGAUGCUUCGAAAAUACGUGUUUGACCCAUCACACGUAGUAAAUUAUGAACCUCUACAAAUAAGUGAAAACUUGGAAUAUGAGGAGACUCCGGUUUGCAUCCUGGCAAAAGAGAAGAAGUCGCUUCGUAAUCGGGAAAUAAGUUUAGUGAAGGUUCUCUGGAGAAAUCAGCAAGUGAAAGAAGCUACAUGGGAACGAGAAGAAGAGAUGAAAGACAAAUACCCUUAUCUUUUUAAGAACCAAGAAACUUUCGAGGAC